GUUAUUAUUUUUCUGCUCUCGUUUUUGUUUGAUUAAAAAUUUAUACGUCGUAUUCUAAAACCCGUGUGUAUACUCAUUCAAAAAGGUAGCUUUUCGAGACAGAAGCGAACUGAAACAGAUUCAAUUGCUUUUUAGCUGAGUUAGCUACAAGAUCCGGACGGCUGUUGUUUUAGCUAACAAUGCUGCCGAACGAGAAAGCUACAGCUGUUUUGCCGAGUGAGGAAACGAUGCGUGAGAUGAGUGAAUAUAGACCACCAACGGCUUACCUAGUGCUGGAGGAUGGGACAAUCAUGCCCGGGCACCGGUUCGGUGCGAAUGCCAGCGUAGAUGGUGAGGUCGUUUUUCAGACCGGUAUGGUUGGCUAUCCGGAGUCGAUGACCGAUCCCUCGUAUCACGGCCAGAUACUGGUGUUGACAUACCCGUUGAUUGGCAACUAUGGGAUACCGGACGCCGAUCUGGACGAGUGCGGUCUGAUGCGGCACUUCGAGUCGAACAACCGUAUCUGGACAGCCGGGCUGGUGGUGAGCGAAAUAUGUGAAGAACCGUCCCACUGGCGCAGUAAACUGACGCUCUCCAACUGGAUGGCGAAGCAUGGUGUACCUGGCAUUAGUGGUGUGGAUACGCGCGCACUGACGAAGAAGAUACGUGAGAAUGGCACUAUUCUAGGCAAGAUUGUUCAAUCCCGUGUCAUGUCGAUUGCCGGACUCAACUUUAGUAAUCAAAAUCUGCGCAACCUGGUGGCGGAGGUAUCAUUGGCACAGCCACGCACCUACAAUGAAUCCGGUUCACCGCGAAUUUUGGCUAUCGAUUGCGGGCUGAAGCUGAAUCAGGUGCGCUGCUUUGUAAGCCGUGGUGCACGGUUGGACGUGGUACCGUGGAAUGCGCGUCCAAACCCGGCCGAGUACGAUGGUUUGUUUUUGUCGAACGGACCGGGUGAUCCGGAGAUGUGCCGCGAGGUGGUGGAAAAUCUGCGCUCUUUGCUCGCGAUGACGACGGCCAAGCCCAUUUUUGGCAUCUGUCUCGGCCAUCAGAUCCUGUCGACGGCGGCUGGGUGUCGUACGUUUAAGAUGCGGUACGGGAAUCGGGGCCAUAACCUGCCCUGUAUGCACCUUGGUACCAGGCGCUGCUAUAUGACGUCGCAGAAUCAUGGCUUUGCGGUUGAUUCCAACCAGAUGCCGGUAGGAUGGGAGGAGCUGUUUACGAACCUGAACGAUGGCACUAACGAGGGUAUUGUGCAUAAGACGAAACCGUACUUUAGCGUCCAGUUCCACCCGGAACAUACGGCUGGGCCGACCGAUUUGGAGGUGCUGUUUGAUGUAUUCCUGGAGGUGGUGGAUGCGUACAAGCGUGAUCCGAAGAAGGUGCACGUGUCGGUAAAGGAUCGUUUAAACGAGCGACUGCAGUACGUACCGCCCGCACCGAUCGAUCUGGAGCGGCCGAAGAAGGUGUUAAUUUUGGGCUCGGGAGGGCUGUCGAUUGGCCAGGCAGGCGAGUUUGAUUACUCCGGUUCGCAGGCGAUCAAAGCGCUGAAGGAGGAACGGAUCCAGACGGUACUGAUCAACCCGAACAUUGCAACGGUGCAGACGUCCAAGGGUCUGGCGGAUAAGGUGUACUUCCUGCCGUUAACCCGCUACUACGUCGAGAAGGUAAUCAAGGCGGAACGGCCCGGCGGUGUGCUGCUAACGUUCGGUGGCCAGACCGCACUGAACGUUGGCGUUGAGAUGGAACGUGCCGGACUGUUUAGCCGUUACGGCGUGAAGAUCAUGGGCACACCGAUCAGUUCGAUCAUUGAAACCGAGGACCGCAAGCUGUUCGCCGAGCGGGUGGCUGAGAUUGGCGAAAAGGUGGCACCAUCCGCGGCAGUAGUGUCCAUACAGGAGGCACUCGAUGCGGCCGACAAGAUCGGAUAUCCAGUCAUGGCGCGGGCCGCAUUCUCGCUCGGUGGGCUCGGUUCGGGUUUUGCGAGCAAUGCUGACGAGCUGCGGGCGCUCGCUAACCAGGCAUUGGCCCACUCGAAUCAGCUCAUCAUCGAUAAGUCACUGAAGGGCUGGAAGGAGGUGGAGUACGAGGUGGUUCGGGAUGCGUACGAUAACUGCAUCACCGUGUGCAACAUGGAGAAUGUGGAUCCGCUCGGUAUACACACGGGCGAGAGUAUCGUGGUGGCACCGUCCCAGACGCUGUCGAACCGCGAGUACAACCUGUUGCGCUCCACGGCCAUUCGCGUCAUACGACACUUUGGGGUGGUGGGUGAGUGUAACAUCCAGUACGCGCUGAACCCGGAAUCGGAGGAGUACUUCAUCAUUGAGGUGAAUGCACGGUUGUCGCGCAGCUCGGCGUUGGCCAGCAAGGCCACCGGGUAUCCGUUGGCGUACGUGGCGGCAAAGCUGGCACUGGCAAUACCGUUGCCGGACAUCCGCAACUCGGUGACCGGUGUGACGACGGCCUGCUUCGAGCCGAGCCUCGAUUACUGCGUGGUGAAGAUGCCGCGCUGGGAUUUGGCAAAGUUUGCGCGCGUCAGCAAGAACAUUGGCAGCUCGAUGAAGAGUGUCGGCGAGGUGAUGGCGAUCGGGCGCACGUUCGAGGAAGCGUUCCAGAAGGCGCUGCGGAUGGUGGAUAGCGUGAACGGGUUCGACCCCUACCUGAAGCCGGUGAACGAGCAGGAGCUGGAACAGCCAACGGAUAAGCGCAUGUUCGUGUUGGCUGCGGCCCUCAAGGACGGCUACACGGUGGAGCAGAUUUACGAGCUGACGAAGAUUGACCGCUGGUUCCUGCGCAAGCUGAAGGGCAUCAUUGACUUUACCGAUCGGCUGGAGGCGCUCGAGCACGGCUGCGUACCGGAGGCGGCCAUGUUGCGUGAAGCCAAGCGGCUCGGCUUUUCCGAUCGCAUGAUUGCGCAGUGCGUUAAAAGUACCGAGCUGGCGGUGCGGAUGCAGCGCAAGGAGCUUGGCGUAGUGCCGUUCGUGAAGCAGAUCGAUACGGUGGCGGGCGAGUGGCCUGCAUCGACCAACUAUCUCUACCUGACGUACAGUGCCAUCGAAAACGAUGUCGAGUUUCCGGGACAGUACACGAUGGUGAUCGGUUCGGGUGUGUACCGUAUCGGCAGCUCGGUCGAGUUCGAUUGGUGUGCGGUCGGGUGUCUGAAGGAGCUGCGCCGGCUAAACCACAAAACCAUCAUGGUGAACUACAAUCCGGAAACGGUCAGCACCGACUACGAUAUGUGCGAUCGGCUGUACUUUGAGGAAAUUUCGUUCGAAGUUGUGAUGGACAUCUACGAUGCGGAGCAGCCCACCGGGAUCAUUCUUUCGAUGGGUGGCCAGCUACCGAACAACAUCGCGAUGGAUCUGCAUCGGCAGCAGGCACGCAUUCUAGGCACGUCACCCGAAUCGGUCGACAGCGCGGAGAAUCGGUUCAAGUUUUCGCGCAAACUGGACCGUAAGGGGAUUUUGCAGCCACGCUGGAAGGAGUUGACGAAUCUGGAGUCGGCGAUCGAGUUUUGCGAGGAGGUCGGCUAUCCGUGCCUGGUACGCCCCUCCUACGUGCUGUCCGGUGCCGCCAUGAACGUUGCCUACUCGAACCAGGACCUCAAGACGUACCUGAAGCAUGCGUCGGACGUCAGCAAAGAACAUCCGGUGGUGAUCUCCAAGUUUCUGGUCGAGGCAAAGGAAAUCGAUGUGGAUGCCGUUGCAGCGGACGGUGUGAUCCUGUGCAUGGCCGUGUCGGAGCACGUGGAGAACGCCGGCGUACAUUCGGGCGAUGCGACACUCGUCACACCACCGCAGGACAUCAACCGCGAGACGCUGGAGCGCAUCAAGGAGAUAGCCCGGGACAUUGCGGACCUGCUGGAUGUGUCGGGACCGUUCAACAUGCAGCUGAUCGCGAAAAACAACGAGCUGAAGGUGAUCGAAUGCAAUGUACGGGUGUCGCGCUCGUUUCCGUUCGUUUCCAAGACGCUGGACUUUGAUUUUGUGGCACUCGCCACCCGGGUCAUCGUGGGCCACACGGACAUUGAGCCCGUAGAGGUGAUGUAUGGUCGGGGGUUGGUCGGUGUGAAGGUGCCACAGUUUAGCUUCUCCCGUCUGGCCGGUGCCGACGUGAUGUUGGGCGUGGAGAUGGCAUCAACCGGUGAGGUGGCCUGCUUUGGUGAGAAUCGCUUCGAAGCCUAUCUUAAGGCUAUGAUGUCGACCGGAUUCCAGAUACCGAAAAAGUCUAUACUGCUCAGUAUUGGAAGUUACAAGCACAAAAUGGAACUGUUACCCUCGAUCCGUAUCCUUGAGAAGAUGGGCUACAAACUGUAUGCUUCAAUGGGCACGGGUGAUUUUUACACCGAACAUGGCGUUGAGGUUGAGAGCGUCCAGUGGACGUUUGACGCGCUAGCAGCGGAAGACAAUGGCAACGGUGCUGGGAGCGAGUUGCGCCAUUUGGCGGAAUAUCUGGCCAACAAGCAGUUCGAUCUGGUCAUCAACCCACCGAUGAGCGGUGGUGGUGCCCGCCGGGUGUCCUGCUUCAUGACGCACGGUUACCGAACCCGUCGCUUGGCCGUCGACUACUCGAUCCCGCUCGUGACGGAUGUGAAGUGUGCGAAGAUGCUGGUAGCGGCAAUACAACGCAUCGGCGGUGCACCGUCGAUGAAGACGCACAUCGACUGCAUGUCGUCGCGGUUGAUGGUGAAGCUGCCCGGCUUUAUCGACGUGCACGUGCAUCUGCGGGAACCGGGUGCACCGCAUAAGGAAACGUUCGCCACGGGUACGGCGGCGGCCCUGGCCGGGGGGAUAACGAUGGUGUUGGCGAUGCCCAACACCCAGCCGGCGAUAGUCGACCGGGGUGCGUUUCAGCAGGCGUCGGAGAUAGCGCAGAAGGGGGCACGGUGUGACUACGCGCUGUACGUCGGGGCGUCCUCCACCAACUUCGGAACCGUGCACGAGCUGGCGUCCCAAGCGGCAGGGUUGAAGCUCUACCUGAACGAAACGUUCACGACGCUGCGGCUGAAUGGGAUAUCCGUGUGGCAGGCGCACCUUGCCAACUGGCCCAAGCGGGCACCGCUGUGCGUGCAUGCCGAGCGGGAAACGAUGGCGGCAGUGCUGCUGCUGGCCUCCCUCACCGACCGGCCGAUCCACGUGUGUCACGUAGCGCGCAAGGAGGAGAUACUGCUGAUCAAGGCGGCGAAGGAGCGCGGCCUGAAGGUGACGUGCGAGGUGUGUCCGCAUCAUCUCUUCCUAUCCACGGCCGAUCUCGACCGGAUCGGGGCGGGACGGGGCGAGGUGCGGCCGGUGCUGUGCAGCCCGGAGGACCAGCAGGCGCUCUGGGACAACCUGGACGUGGUGGAUGUGUUUGCCACGGAUCACGCGCCGCACGCCCGGGAGGAGAAGGAAUCGGACCAUCCGCCGCCGGGUUUCCCCGGGCUGGAGACGAUCCUACCGCUGCUGUUGACGGCCGUCACUGAGGGGCGGCUCACGAUGGACGAGCUGGUGAGCAAGUUCCACACCAAUCCGCGCCGCAUCUUCAACCUGCCGGAGCAACCGAACACGUACGUCGAGAUCGACCUGAGCGAGGAGUGGACGAUACCGGACCGUCCGCAGCACUCCAAGGCCCACUGGACGCCGUUUUCGGGCAUGCGCGUGAAGGGCUGCGUGCAUCGCGUGGUGCUGCGCGGCGAGACGGCGUACGUCGAUGGGUUGGUGCUGGUGAACCCGGGCUACGGUCAGAACGUGCGCGAAUGGCACGGCGGUAAACCGCCCAUGGCCGGUGCGGCCUCCAUCGAGCGGAUCGACGUGCUGAACCACUCGAUCGGUUCCGGGUCCGGUGUGGGCCUGCGGACGGCCGACCUCGAACCGGACCUGCAAACGAACGAAGCCUUCUUCCAGCUGCUCUCGCCGGACGGUACUAACGCGCACGUGAAGCAGCUCGGCGUGCACUUUGCCGGCGAGCAGGCGGCCCUGCGUCCCGCCUCACCGCUCCCACCGCGGAUACGGUGUGACUCGACCGGGAACCAGUCGGUGAUCGGGAAGCUCGAACCGAUCACCAUCAGCACCGGGCUCGGUGGGGUACGCGAGCGUCAGCUCGCCGGCCGCCACGUCCUCACGGUUGACAUGUUCACCAAGGAGCAUCUGAACGAAAUCUUCCACCUGGCGCAAACGAUGAAGGGCCGCGUGGCCAAGGAGCGGCUGCUGGACGAUCUGUUGCGCGGCAAGGUGAUGGCGUCCAUCUUUUACGAGGCGAGCACGCGGACGAGCUGCAGCUUCGCCGCGGCAAUGCAACGGCUCGGCGGUCGCGUCGUUCACGUCGACGAAACGUCCUCGUCGGCGGUGAAGGGCGAAACGCUCGAGGAUAGCAUCCAGGUGAUUGCCGGCUACGCGGAUGUGGUGGUGCUGCGACACCCAUUACCGGGCGCCGUUACGCGCGCUGCCCAACACUGCCGCAAGCCGCUAAUCAAUGCGGGCGAUGGUGUCGGAGAACAUCCGACACAGGCACUGCUGGAUAUAUUCACCAUCCGCGAGGAGAUCGGCACGGUGAACGGUCUCACCAUCACGAUGGUGGGCGAUCUGAAGCAUGGCCGUACGGUGCAUUCGCUCGCCCGUCUGCUCACGAUGUACAACGUGAACCUGCGCUACGUUUGCCCGGCCGGGCUCGAGAUGCCGAGCCACAUCAAGCAGUACGUGGACAAGAAGGGUAUCUCCCAGCGGCAGUACGACUCGCUCGAGACGGCCAUCAUCGAUACGGAUGUGCUGUACAUGACGCGCAUCCAGCGCGAGCGGUUUGUGAGCGAGCAGGAGUACGAGAUGUGCUGCGGACAGCUGAUCCUAACGCCCCAAAUCAUGACGAUGGCCAAGCGGCGCAUGAUUGUAAUGCAUCCAUUGCCGCGCGUCUUCGAGAUCAGUGUGGAGAUUGACAGUGACCCGAGGGCGGCAUACUUCCGACAGGCUGAAUAUGGCAUGUACGUGCGCAUGGCGCUGCUGGCGAUGGUUCUGGGACGCAGCUGAGAAAUCGUUCUACACAAAUCAAUUCGAAUGCCCGGCGUAUGUGAGUGCUGGCGAGAGCCACUGUCUCCAAACAUGAAGUUAAUCUUAAAUGCGAAAUCAAUCCUAAACAUGGUGAUGGUAGAAAUCAACACGAACGGUCAUUUGGUGCCAGUUUUCAAAGUGUUUAUUCCGAUACGAAGUAU